ACCAUAGACGGAACGGUCUCUCCGGGCCCGCGAGCUGCCCCUCCCUCGGCAUCAGAGUGCAGCGUUGAAGUCGCGCGACGUGCGGCGGAGGGUGCGGAGCGCGCAGGAGGGGAAUUGUGGAGAAUCGAAACGGACUCGUGCGAGCCACGCUGUGCAUACCGGGAGUGAGCGAAGACGCCGGGAGCGUUUGGGCUUUAAACCGCGCACCGAGGAGAGUGAGGAAGAACACGCAACACUAACGGAAAACGGUCUGUUCUCAAGGGCAUUAAAAUUACAAGGCGGUAUGAAUUUCAACUUUGCUAUGAAUGCGCAGACUCGUCUGUAGCGACUAAACAGAGGGAGAAACCGCGGAGGAGAAACAAAACAAAACACACUGUGGACCUGUCAACUUUUGCAUUUAUAAAUGGAGGAAAGAGCUAAAUAGAAACGACACAUUCUGCUAACGUGUUCUUUUAUUUCGCAUCCUUGGCUGUGGGGAAACCGAAGCACUGGAUAAGUCGUUGGUUUGCGUAAAGCUCGGUCCUUCUCGUGCUGCAGAACAACUGUGGCGUUCCGUAUCAGAAUACAAGAAAGAAACGCGACUACGAGGCAUUGCGCAUUUUGACAACAUCGCCUAUAUUUCUAGUGCAAACGCGACGUGGGUUUAAUAAAAAUAAAAAAACGUGUAUGCACGAAGCCGUGGGUAGCCUAUGUUGGACUGGUUGUAAUUAUAGUUCUGUGUUUCGGAAUGUGUGGAUGGUAAGCGACCUGAAGUUAUAGGAAGUUGUUCUGGACAGAUAUGGAUUCACGGUGUCAAAUGCCACUGCGGAUGCUACUCCUCAGAUAUUUUUGACAAGACAUAAUAAACGCCCGAGUUUGUUUUGCCUAACUUUUGUAUUUUUUAUUUUUUGAAAAGCGAGAAUGACGUUUCGUAAUCUUGAGACUGUUCACAAGACGGAAUGUUUGCGGGGUGUCUCGCGAGCAGUUGUGGCAAAGCAUGCAGGGAGAACCACAGCUUGAAAAAAAAACUUUUUAACGCGCGGCUGUUUUCAUUGAAGAAAAAUCAGAUAAGGAAUGAAUGAACAUCGACGCUCUCCAUCUGCGCGCGCUCUCCUCUGACACGGUCGGAAAAUUCGAGUUUAUGGGAAUAAAAAAAGAGUGCUUCGCGGAAUUAAGUUUAUCUCUAAUUGGAAAAUCGAAACAGUUUCGCAUGUGUAAUUAAGCUGGCGACUCCCCAUUAAGCAAUAUCAAUACCCCAUUAAAAUCUCUCCCCUUGCUUUCGGUUACCGAGCACAAGCGCGAGUUUACCGAAUGGAGUUGUCACUUCUGGUUUUAACCCUCGCGUGUCGCGCGUGGGCGUGGGCCGAGGAGAAGGUGAUCUCCGACAGACACGCCGUCUACUGGAACAGCACCAAUCCCAGGUUCCGUCGUGGGGACUACACAGUGGGGCUGAGCAUUAAUGACUACCUGGACAUCUACUGUCCGCACUACGCCAGCGCGCUGCCGCCGGAGCGCAUGGAGCGCUACGUGCUGUUCAUGGUGAGCCUCGAGGGCUUCCGUAGCUGCGACCCGCGCAUGCGCGGCCUGAAGCGCUGGGAGUGCAGCCAGCCCCGCAGCGCCGCCGGCCCCCUGCGCUUCUCCGAGAAGUUCCAGCUCUUCACCCCCUUCUCCCUCGGGUUCGAGUUCCGGCCCGGACACGAGUACUACUACAUCUCCUCCCCCCACCCUAACCACGCAGGGAGGCCGUGUCUGAAGCUGAAGGUGUAUGUGAGGCCUGGCAAUGAGUCAGGUUACAGGUCUCCAGAGCCCUUUCUGACAGAUGAUGGGUCAGACUGCAGCGUUGCCCUGACAUUCCUCGCCAUGGUGACGGCCGUGGUGCUGAUGCUGCUCUCCCUCUCAUAGUACACUCCCCUGCCCCCAGCGCCCCCAUCCGCGUGGUUCCAGCGGUUACCUCACCCUAGCUGCCUCUGUCUCCACCUCCCGCGCCACCCUGCCUGCCUCCAUCUUGAGUCUCUCCACACAGGCAGGACCCUGUAGCGUACUACAGCACAGUGCUAUGAAACCAGGCUUCCCUGUGCCCCUGCUGCCGGUGGACAGCCAAGCUUCACAGAUGUGAUUACAUUCACAAGCCACCAGGGGGAGCCCUGCUGUGGUUACUCUGCAUGACCACCUAGGGGAGACCUUCUGUGGUGGUUACAUUGACUGACCACCAGGGGGAGACCUGCUGCGAUUACACUGAAUGGCCACCAGGGGGAGAACUUCUGUGAUUACACUGAAUGACCACCGGAGGGGACCUUAUGUGGUGGUUACACUGACUGACCACCAGGGGGAGACCUGCUGCGAUUACACUGAAUGACCACCAGGGGGAGACCUGCUGCGAUUACACUGAAUGACCACCAGGGGGAGACCUGCUGCGAUUACACUGAAUGACCACCAGGGGGAGACCAUCUGUGGUUACCCAAAGACCUUCUGCCUUUACACAGCGUGACCGCCAGAUGGCACCCUAUUGUGGUUACACUAAGCGGCCACCGGGGGAUCUCUCCAGGCAGUGUGCUGGGGCCUCAACUGUCCUCCUUCAGGUGGAUUAUCCUGUGUCCAAUGCAGCAGGACAUAUUUUGAAUAUUGUGACCACUCGCGUUAAGAGAUUCUCCGUCAUCUCCCUCAAUCUCUGUUCCUCAAUAAGCUCACCCAACCCUCCAAAGUAUGGGAGGAACCUUACUGUGAAUCUGCCAAGGUCGCUAAUCCGUUCAGUCCUUUAGCCGCCAACCCGCGUUUAGUCCUUUAAACGCCAACCCGCGUUUAGUCCUUUAAACGCUAACCCGCGUUCAGUCCUUUAGCCGCUAACCCGCGUUCAGUCCUUUAGCCGCUAACCUGUGUUCAGUCCUUUAGCCGCUAACCCGCGUUCAGUCCUUUAGCCGCUAACCCGCGUUCAGUCCUUUAGCCGCUAACCCGCGUUCAGUCCUUUAGCCGCUAACCCGCGUUCAGUCCUUUAGCCGCUGACCCGCGUUCAGUCCUUUAGCCGCUGACCCGCGUUCAGUCCUUUAGCCGCUAACCCGCGUUCAGUCCUUUAGCCGCCAACCCGCGUUCAGUCCUUUAGCCGCUAACCUGUGUUCAGUCCUUUAGCCGCUAACCUGUGUUCAGUCCUUUAGCCGCUAACCCGCGUUUAGUCCUUUAAACGCCAACCCGCGUUUAGUCCUUUAGCCGCUAACCCGCGUUCAGUCCUUUAGCCGCUAACCCGCGUUCAGUCCUUUAGCCGCUAACCCGCGUUCAGUCCUUUAGCCGCUAACCCGCGUUCAGUCCUUUAGCCGCUAACCCGCGUUCAGUCCUUUAGCCGCUAACCUGUGUUCAGUCCUUUAGCCGCUAACCUGUGUUCAGUCCUUUAGCCGCUAACCCGCGUUUAGUCCUUUAAACGCCAACCCGCGUUUAGUCCUUUAGCCGCUAACCCGCGUUCAGUCCUUUAGCCGCUAACCCGCGUUCAGUCCUUUAGCCGCUAACCCGCGUUCAGUCCUUUAGCCGCCAACCCGCGUUCAGUCCUUUAGCCGCUAACCCGUGUUCAGUAGCUGAUGUGUUUAUGGGGCUGAAAGUGGGCUCGGUGAGGGGCUGCUUUUGGAAUGGUUAUCCUCUCAGGCUGAAGAUUGUGGAAGUUUACGAUCGCUGACUGACGUUGAGGUGACGGAGCAGAAGAGACACUGUGUGCUCGUGCAUUUUAUUUAAAGAAAUCUUUUUUUAUAUGCAUACAUGGGGGGAACAAAGUUUAAUAAGAAAACAGACAAUCUGCCUUUUUUUCCAUGGUGCUGGGUCUGAGGCGAGCCUCACGUUUCCGUUGAGUAGAAAUGAGCUCUUCGCCUCUGGCUUUCUUUUCCCCGUUUGUCUCCAUCUCCUCUCUUACUCGCUCUCGCUGGCUUUUAAUGUGCAGCUUUGUCCGAUACGGCAUCACUGAACUCGCAGAAAUGCGACUCAAAUGACCUUUGAACUCCCGGACCACUGAGCCGCUUGUGUUCAGCAACUCAAAUCCGGCUUUCCGUAAUUUCAGGAAAGAAAAAAGAAAGGAAUUGGGCCCAGAACAAGACGAACAUUUGCCUCUGCUACAGGGACUCGGAAGGUAAGAGAGGCUUGCACUGGACAUGGACAUGAAACUUUCCUAAAUAUAUUUGUCAGUAUUUACUUUGUUCUGUUACAUUUUUUUAAAGUUCUUUACAAAAAACGUUACAAGAAAUAAUUCAUAUAUGUCUUGAACUUUCAAUGUGAGCUAUUGAAUCUCUGUUGUCAAAGAUGUUUUAGAAAAGAGCUGUUUUUCUGUAGUUCUCUUGCUUGUUACGCAAUGCAUUCUGGUACUUGUAGGCCUGUAAUUGUUUUCAAAAGCAUCUUACAAAUGUGAUUGUCAAACCAUGUUUUGUUUUUGUUUGCUUUUGUUACUUUUAUAUCUUUCCAGUUUGUCUUGUUUUGGCAAAUAAUCAAAAAAAGCAGAAAAUAAAGCUUUGUCACAGCA